AUGACUGACCAGGACGGCGCCCUCACCCCCACUAUAGGCGGCAGUGGCACCUCCAGCAUACUCCGCUUUAUAACCGAGCAAGGCAAGGAGGCCUUCUUUAUCACCCUCGGUAUCUAUAACUACAAGCCUUGGGUUGAUGUGAUCACCGGCCUGGCUAAUAACGUUACCUGUAUCAGUACCCUGCCCGAGUACUAUAACAGCGUUCACACUAAGAGGUGCUACUCUUAUAAGGCUCAGUACACCAGCCAGUCGAUUCUCAAUAUCGAUCAUCGCACCAUUUCCGUCCAAUACAGGGUCCACGAGGGUCACAACCUUGAACUUGACAUCGUUAUUGGCUAG